UUAGGUUUGGUUGUGUUUGAUAAGUUUAAUACAGAAGAUAUUUAUCUACUAUUUUUAGUUUAAUUAUGGCUUUUGGAUGGCAGUGUUGGAAACUAAUACGCCUUGUGAGGACUGCUGCAUUAAUUCCCCGGAACCUCAAUUGUCACACGGAAGCAUUGCAAAACAAAGUUAUCACACCUAAAGAAUACCGAACUGAAAAUAAUUUCAUAUAUUUAGAAGACCCAGACACUUUUGGCACUCUCGCUGGUAAAAAACAUCAUGAAGAGCUUCUGGAAGAUGAAGGAGAUAUUAAGGAAGAGAAGUUUUUGCAAUCUCGACCACUUAAAUCCCACGUUUUGACAACAAAACAGUAUGCUGAUUUGAUAAAGCAGUAUUUGGAACACAAAAGAAUAAAAGAAGCUAUAGACGUUUUAGAAGUAAGGAUGCUCAAAGAAGAUAGGGCGGUACCAGAAAACUACAUUUACAAUAUUCUAAUUGGGGCUUGUGCAGAUGUAGGAUAUACCAAGAAGGCGUUCAAACUGUUUAAUGACAUGAAGCGACGAGCCUUGAAGCCCACUGGUGAUACAUACACAUGUUUAUUUAAUGCCUGUGAUAGUCCAUGGCUUGAAAAUGGUCUUAAACAUGCCCAACAUCUCCGAACACUUAUGAUUGAGAAAGGAAUAGAACCAAACUUAACUAAUUACAAUGCUAUGAUCAAGGCAUUUGGUCGGUGUGGAGACUUGCCAGCAGCAUUUCAAAUCGUUGAUGAAAUGAUGUCAAAGAAAAUCAAAAUAAGAGUACACACAUUCAACCAUCUUCUACAAGCCUGUAUAUCUGACAAAAAUAGUGGUUUAAGGCAUGCUUUGGUUGUUUGGAGGAAAAUGCUGAAAAUGAGGGAGAAACCAAAUAUAUACUCGUUUAAUCUGAUGUUGAAAUGUGUUAAGGAUUGUGAGUUAGGCACAGCACAAGAAAUUCAUGAAUUAAUUGGAAUAAUUCAGAACCAUAUCAUACCAAAUACUGUAAUAUUGAGUGCAGUUCAGAAUGAACAGCUUGAAGCUGGAAACAGGAAUCCUAAAAGUAAACAAUUAUCAGAAAGUCAUACUGUUGAUAACAGCAAUAAAAAUUUAGAUAUCAGUUAUGAGAUUCCAAAUACUGAUUUGAAAGAAGAGGAAUUGUCCCAUGAUGAAAAUAAGAUGCCUAUAGAAAUUGUGAAUAAGAGUAUCCCAACAUUGCCCAAAUUAGAUGAAAGAACAGCACCUAAUCUUCUUUCCAGGUCACUAAAAAUGGAGCAAGUGCUAGCAUUAAAAGAAAUCCAGUCCGUUCAGGACAAGUUUGCUGUAGUCGGUGGGCAAGAUGAUUUCCUAAAGGAAAUGGCAGUUUACUCCGUGAAACCUGAUAUAAAAACAUUUACACAAAUGCUGCCAUUAUUGGAAGAAAGUAAAGAAGCAGAACUAAAACUACUUGAGACAAUGAGGGCUACUGAAAUUGUAGCAGAUAUUGAUUUUUACAAUAUGCUUAUUAAGAAGAGAUGUCUCAGAUCAGAUUACAUUGGUGCUUUUGAAAUAAAAGAAAUGAUAGAGAAAGAGUCCAAACGGCGCAAAAGGAAGUAUGGCCUCAAGAAGAAAUAUGAACUAAAGAAGAACAUUAUGACUUAUGGGGUGCUUGCAAUGGCGUGUGAUACAAAAGAAAUAGCUGAAUGUCUUCUUACUGAAAUGAAAGAAGAACAACUUAAGGUUAAUAUCGAAAUACUAGGCAGUAUGCUGAGGCAAGGUGCUGUGUCUCACCAGUUUGAGUAUAUGACAUACAUAAUGAAAUAUGUAACUGACGAAAAUUUAAAACCUAAUAGAUUAUUUAUCAAUCACCUGGAGGCUUCUGUUGAAAAGUGCACAGAAAAAAUACAAAAGACCGUGAACGGCCGUUACAAAUGUUCACCAGAAUUCGCCAAGUCCUUCAAAAAGUUUGCAGAACAUUAUAACAAAUGGCUGAAGAAAUUUGACAUAGACUCGACUCUUGCAGAAGAGCAUCCUUGGAAACAGUUCCAGGAUCCAUAUCCAGAGACUGUUCAGCAUCAAAACAUUACUAUUAAGGAACCGAAAAGAUUUUACAAGAGGGACAGGAGAUUUGUUAAAUAUAAGCCAAAGCUGUGAAAUAAAACAUGAGUUGUA